UUUUUCGAUGCAUAUUUCCUCUUGGACUUUAGUCUGCAUUUCAGCCGAAAGAUUUAUCAAAGUUAAAUUCCCGUUAAAAUUCAUUGCAGGGAACAUAUCUAAGAAGCUGGUUUCAUCGUACAUCAUCAUUUGUCUUCUCUUUGUCUUACUUGAUUCUCAUUUUUUCUGGACAAACAGCUUGGUUAUUUCGGACAAUAGUAAACAUUGUAACAACACGUCCGAAAAUUAUUUCGAAUUCGAAGAACAAUACUUUUCAAUAGUAGAUAUGCUAGUAUUUUUUAUGGUCUCUAAAUUGAACUUUGCAACCGCUUUGUUGUACUUGUUACAGUACACAAACUAUUCUGUUAAUUUCUUCAUCUACAUAAUUACAAAUAGACAAUUUAGAAAGUGGAUUCCAUUUAAUUCUUUACUGAGUUUAGUUCGUUCUUGGUAA